AUGAAAAUGAAAAGGAAGAAGAGCAGUUCUGAUCGGAAAGUGAACAAGAGACACAGUAAGCUUUUUUCACUAUACAUAGCUCGUAAAUGUUUUGUUCAGAACAUCUCCGUGAAAAAAGACGGGCCAUUUACAAGCCCAGAAAUGUCGAAAAGAUGUGAGAGCUUUCCAGACGCACACUACAUCUCAUUGGUUUUUUUUUAGAGUCAGAAAUGAUCCUCGCUACCCUGUUGUUCUUCCGCCCGCUUCCAAUCCAAAUCUGAAAUUCAGAAAAUUCAAUCUUGACGACGUAAGACACAAGUUAUUUUGUUCAAUAUUUGUUCAACAGUUGACUUACCAGAAUUCGCGUUUCAUGAAAGGAAGAGCGGUUCCACCAAGGCACCUGAAAGGUAAAUCCGUGCAUCCGCGACCUCAUUUUCGAUAUCGUGGAGUGAAAAAGAUGAUUGUUUGA